AUGACCGUGGACUCCUCCAUCCCGUCGAACCUCGAUGACUACUCCGCAACCUCCACAAUCGUCCUCUUCGACCGCCCAAUCCCCCUCCUUAGGGGUCCCGUAUCCGCCGGUCGACCCGACGACCCAUCGCUCGGCCCGUACGUUCUCGCCUUCAGAAACCCCCAAUCCUGGGCCGCCGCCUACGCCGCCACCGAGUCAAAGAUCGUCGAGCAGUGCGAGGGCGGGGCUCGGGUCGGUUGCGCCUUGACGGCGUCGAACAAUUGCAAGCCCCCUUGGUGGCGCAAUCUGGUCGGCGGCGGACCCAGCGCUGCGGACCUGAAGGAGAGGGAGGAGUGCGAGCAGCGGGAGAUGCAAGAGUGCCUGGCGGCGGCGAAGGAGAAGUGCGCCGAUUUCGCGAGGGAGAAGUGCCGGAUUCCGUUUAGAGAGGCGAGGAUCGCGGUUGGGCUGCCGGAGAGGGCGAGGGCGGAGAUGGGGAAGAAGUUGGUUGGAAUUGGGUCGGCGCCGGAGAGGAGGUGGCGACGGAGCGAGUGGGUCGGGAUGGUUCGGAUGGAACUGGAAGAGUGUGGAUUGUGCGCCGCAGGGAGCUGUAAGGCUAGCGAGCUGCUGGGUUCUGAUCCCAAUUAUCGGUGUUUCUUUGAGCAAUCCUAA